AUGGCUUUUCUUCCAUUUUCCAUUGAUGCUAUUCUUAAUUCAGAUUUCACAGUUGGUAAGAGAGAAAGUAAAGUUUGGACAUCUUCAUCAACAAGUUCAUUUUGGACUGGCUCUUGGAAUGACGAGAAGCGCAAGUCUUUCGAAUGUCCGGAAUGUGGCAAAGUUUUCAAUGCACAUUAUAAUUUGACAAGGCAUAUGCCGGUCCAUACUGGAGCUCGACCAUUCCUUUGCAAAGUUUGUGGUAAAGCUUUUCGGCAGGCUUCAACAUUAUGUCGUCAUAAAAUUAUACAUACCGAACAAAAACCCCACACAUGUGUCACCUGUGGCAAAUGCUUUAAUCGCUCAUCAACCCUCAACACUCAUAUACGUAUUCAUUUAGGCUAUAAACCAUAUAUAUGUGAAUUGUGUGGUAAAGGAUUUUAUCAAAAUGGAAAUUAUAAGAAUCACAAAUUAACGCAUAGCGGAGAAAAGCGAUUCAAAUGUAAUGUAUGCAAUAAGGCUUUUCAUCAAACCUACAAUUUAACAUUUCAUAUGCAUACACAUCGCGAACAGAAACCAUUCGUUUGUCCAAUUUGCGCCAGGGGUUUUUGUCGUAAUUUUGAUCUCAAGAAACAUAUACGUAAGCUACAUCAGAUUACAUCAUCAGAUGAACAUUAA